GUCGGGGGGUCGCACGCGCCUCGAUCAAUGCAAGAAUCCCACUACCGCUCCGCUAGGUCGCAGUAGCUUGGUUUAAACGUAGGGGAGACAAUUACGCUGACCCAACUUUGGAGAAUGAACCAGCUCGUCCAGGCUAUUCUGUCGCCAACCGUAUGCCCACCGUACGAUUGAGCUAAAACAUUCUUUGGCAUUACGUGGGAUCCUGGCAAGGCGGAUGUUGAGAGCUUCAUCCCAAGAUUUCCCCCAAUUCAACCGACCCUUGUCAGAACCGGAUUUUUAUUUCCGCUGCUUCUUUUUUUGGGUUGCCGCUAUCUGAUAUAGCUGCCACGAAAAGAGGCCUCGGAUAACGUACGGGCUGGUAUACCCGUAGCAUUGCGUGGAAAUGGCAUCACUCCUGCGCCAGAUCGUCGCGGGACCAAGAGCCAGACAUGAAGAAACAGGCCUCGAUCUGUGCUACGUGACGUCCAACAUCAUAGCAACCUCCGGCCCCUCACAGACGUACCCCCAACGAGCAUACCGCAACCCGCUCGACCGACUCGUCGCGUUCCUCGACAAGCAGCAUGGCGACAAUUGGGCCAUCUGGGAGUUCCGCGGCGAGGGAACCGGGUACCCAGACGAGGCCGUGUACGGCCGCAUCCGGCACUACCCGUGGCCCGACCACCACCCGCCGCCCUUUCGCCUCGUGCCCAUGAUCAUGGCGUCGAUGCGCUCCUGGCUGGCCGGCGAGGACCUGCAUGGCACCGGGGUAGCGGCUGGUAAAAACGAUAAGGCUGUUGCCAAGAACGGGAACGACGGGCCGGUUGAUGCCGAUGCCGACGCUGGGAACGGCAGGGUGGCGGUCGUGCACUGCAAGGCCGGCAAGGGCAGGUCCGGAUCCAUGGCCUGCAGCUUCCUCAUCUCGGAGCGCGGGUGGACGCCCGAGGCGGCGCUCGCGCGUUUCACGGAGCGGCGGAUGAGGCCCAAGUUCGGCGCCGGCGUGUCCAUCCCCUCGCAGCUCCGCUGGAUCAGCUACGUCGACCGGUGGACCAAGACGGGGAAGAAGUACGUCGACCGCCGGUUCGAGAUUGUGGAAAUCCACGCCUGGGGUCUGAGGUCCGGGGUCAAGAUGUCGGUCGAGAUCUUCGCCGAAGAAGGGCGCAGGAUCGAGGUGCUGCAUACCUUCACCAGGGAUGAGAGGGUCAUUGUCGAGGGGGAGACUCCCAGGUCGGGUGGGGUGUCGGAGGUGGUACCGGAUCUGACAAAGAUGGCAGCGGCAGAGGCUAUUUCUACCACUGGCGACAAGACGGACUAUGAAGAAGUUGUGGGGGAUUCUUCAGUGCCCAAGAUCAAGAAUGCCGCUACCGAUUCUGACAUUGUCGAUGGUGCGAAGAGCAAAUCGAAAAGCCCAAAGGAUUCUUUGAUGCGAAGGCUAUCGAAACGGCCUGAUAAAAGCCCGGCACGGUCAGAGACGGCCACGACGAUUGGGGCAGAGAACGGAGCAUCGUCUUCGGCCGCAUCCCUGCCAGCCGAAGUCUCGGGAGGUUCCAAGCUAGCACCUGCCGCGAAGCCGCCAUCGUCGCUGACGGCGAGCAACACGCCGUCUCAGCUGUCGCUCAACCAGGGGUCUACAUCAUCCCCCGCUGAGAAGGAGCCCGGCGGCAUGGCGGUCAUCUUCAAGCCGCGCGAGCCGAUCGUGGUGUCCAACGGCGACGUAAACAUCUCGCUCGAGCGACGUAACCGGGCCCCGGCGUCAAUGGGCCUGACCAUGGUGACGGCGGUCGCACACGUCUGGUUCAACGUGUUCUUUGAGGGCAACGGGCCCGAGCAGGAUGGAAAGUCGGACGACAGCGGCGUGUUCGAGAUUGAGUGGGACAAGAUGGACGGCAUCAAGGGCAGCAGCAGAAAGGGGGUCCGCGGGCUGGACAGGAUCGCCGUGGUGUGGCGGUGCGUGGACGACGCGGCCGAGAAGGCGCAGGGCAAGGGCGUGGAGAUUGUCGAGCCGGGGGUGGGCGAGGAGGUGCCGCAGAUGCCUGCCGCCGACUGGAAGGGCCACAACAUGGAAGAUCCCAGCGCCUCGAAGAACCUGGGCCUGAGGGCGACGGACCCGGACAGCGAGAACGUCAGCAAGGCCAGCAGCAUCAAGAGCAUGACGGUAGGGGGCGAGGACAAGGACGACAAGGAGGACUCGGACCUGUUCAGCGGCGUCAAGGCGAGCGGGCCGGGAGGGGAGGAUCUCGACAAGGACAAGGUGGCCGCGGCGGACGAUGCGGCCAAGACGGAGGCGGAGAAGAACGACGUGACCGGGAGGAAACCAGAGCAAGCAAAGCCGGACGACGGACUGGCUGACGCGACGGCCCAGAAGGGGUUUAUUGUUGAUUGAGGAGAGCGUGUGACGUUAGAUGGGUUGCUGCAUAUAUACGCAAGUUAGACAGCCUUGUUUUGGUACUGCGGAGCAUUUUUGUUUGUUGGAUUUCUGAUGCUACAAUUACAUGCAGCUGCGGAAAUGGUUUUCUUUUUCUCCAGGCUCCUUUUCCUCCGCGCUUAACACUUCAAGCCGGAAUCCUGACCCACGCCGCUGAGCUGUAGAUGUAGCAGCGGUUUUUAUUAGUGGCCGUUGCACACACGAGUUUACAAUGUAAUCUUGCAAGCUACAGCCCUAGGCUUGCGUGUGGUGAAGAGGCAUGUCACGGUACGGGCCAUCGUUUGUUAGCAAUGACUUUGGUUCGUUGUUGACCGUGCGGCUUUCUUUUUUCUGUCUGGGCAAGUGUGACCUCAACCUACUGAGUGGGUCGUAGUAUUGGUGAGACUACUAGCGGCGGUUUGACAACGCUGGGUUUUUUGGCUUGCUUUGACUUUUCAAGUGUGGAGAUUUAGAAAUCUAAGCUUAGACACAAGAGUCACUGUAAGUAAAUAAGAGGCGAAAGAGUGAUUGUGGUGGUCCUUCCACUCCAGACUGUUUUUCAUACUUCAAGUCCG